GCGGAGGCGGGGCUUCACUAAGGAGGCGAUCGCGGCGACGAUGGCGCUGAACGUGGCCGGUGAUCUGGGCUGCUCCAGUGCCUUGAUGUCUCAGGAUCACGUGGAGUUGUCGUUCGGUGAUGUGAGCAACAACCCGGAAGCUUUCAGAGGCUUAAAGAAAGGAACAGUUUACUUGAUGCCUUAUCAACUGAUCUUUGUGGCAAAAGACAGCAGAGAAGCACUGAAAUCCUUCACGAUGCCGUUUUACUUGAUGAAGGGCUGUGAGAUCAAGCAGCCCAUGCUCGGAGCUAACUACAUCAAAGGCACAAUUCGUGCUGAGCCACAUGAGUAAAGCUAAAUUAAAUAAUGCAAUGAGGAACUAGCAGGAGUAUGUGUGAGAAGAGAAAUUAAACAGGACGGCUGAACAGACAAAGGAAUU